AUGUCGAAUUCCACCAAAAAGAAAGUGAAAGAGAGCAAACGCUCGCGAACCAACUUCACAGAUGCACAGACGAAGUUGCUGCUUCAGAUGUACUCUCGUAACAGAUAUGCAACUCCAGAGCAGGUGGAUGAACUGCAUUGCAAACUACGGCUGUCAAAAGAACAGAUAAGAAUUUGGUUUCAAAACAAACGAAGGUUGGACAAAAUAAAAAAUGAUGCCAGUCAAAAAAUUUCAACAACUGAGCACGAAACAGUUAUUUCAGACGAUAGUAACAACAAGAUGAUUAAAAGAAUCAACAAGAAUUUUAAUUUAAAAGUUGACGAUGAAAAUCUUUCGAAAGAAAACAUUCCUCUUUUGGCGAAUAUAAAUUUCCCAGAUUAUCACAAAGAUGAGAAUUUCCAAAAAAAUUAUUCUCAACUGGGAAAUAUAAACUUUCCUAACUGCGAAAAGAGUAACAAUUUAGAGGGAAAUGUGAACAUACCAGAUUAUAAGAAUGAACAUUUCAAAGAAAAUUGUUGCCAUCCGGCAAAUGUGAACAUACCAAAUGGUAAAAAAGAUGAUAAUUCUAACGAAAAUUUUUCGGAACUUUCAAAAAUAAGCACCGCUGAAUAUAAAAAGGCUUUUGAAGACAAACUAAUGCUAAAGUUAAAUGACAAAACAUUUACAUUUCCUCAUACGUUUCAAGAUCAAUUAUUCUACAGUAUCUUGAGAGAUUUUAAAUCUAAUUUAUCAAAUGAAUACGCUAAAAGUACGAGUGAAUAUUCUAGUGAAACUACGAACAAUUAUCCUAACAACAAAAUUUCGUUGUACCAACCAAGUGAUGCUUCAAAAGCUUAUACAGACUACAGUAAUCUUAACACUCCUGCUCCCAAAAUAAGCCACAAAUGGGAUAAUGAUUUUCAAUGUAUGAGAUCCUUUGAAGUUUUAUAA